AGAAAAUCGAAGAAAAGUACAAGACUAUACUUAGUCCCGAAGACAAAAAUAUGCUAAUAAAGAUCAAGAGAGCUACACUUACAUAUGCAAAAAAUUUGGCUUAUGUUAAUCUGCCAAUGUCUAAAGCUGCCUUCGAUAACUUAUUCAUUAAUAUGUUAACCCAAAGAUUUCUUGAUAAAAAUAAAUUAAAAAUGGAUACAGGUAAUAUUUGUUCUUGGGCAUCAUCACAAAGACAGAAUAAUAGUCAUUCGAUAACUUUGCGUACCUGA